CGGUGAUGCAUCAAAUCGGCAUUCGACCAAAAACAAGGCCCAAGCUCAGAACCUUCUUUUCCACACAAGCAUGGAUCGAUUUUGGCUGCCGAGGGUGGGCGGCAGCUCGCUGCUGAGCUACGGCUCGGCGGCAGUCGUCAGCAUCGCCGCCCUGCUAAAGCUGCAGGAACAAGCCACCAACUAUUUUGGUUCGGAAACGCAUUGCUUCAAGUCCGUGCGGACAAACUGGGACGACAUCCCCACGGCCAAUUGCUUCACGGUCUCUCCCAAGGGCAUCAUCACCAAUGUGUAUGCUGUGGACGACAGCAAAAUCGGCAGCGGCAGCGAGGCACUCAGCAAGGGGUAUGCCAUCCCGGGCCUCUGGGACGGCCACGGACAUCUUCUGCAGUAUGGCGAGUUCUUGCACUCUGUAGAUCUGUUUGGGACCACUUCUCUCGACGAGGCCCGGGCCCGGGUACGCGAGUAUGCCGACAAAAACCCACAGGCUGGUUCAAAGAUGGAGUGGAUCACGGGUGUAGGCUGGGAUCAGAUGGCAUACGGGAAGAUGCCCAUGGCGGACGAUCUAUCUGCGGACGAGAUUCUAAACGGCAAGUUUAUCGCCCUAUCACGGGUGGAUGUACACUGCAUCUGGGUGUCUCAAGCAGUCCUCGACCUUCUCCCCGAAACAAUACCCGACGUGCCCGGUGGAGAGAUCGUCCGCGAUCCCGGCAUGGGUGUCUUCUGUGACAAUGCCAUGGACAUCAUCAUGGCCCUUUGGCCCAAGCCGAGCAACGAGAAGAAGAGCACUUUCAUCAAGUCGGCCAUGACCAGCCUGAACGAACUUGGCAUCGUGGGCAUGCAUGACGCGGGCGUGACCCCUGACAACUUGGCUUUGUACCAAUCCCUGGCUAGCGGUAACGACUGGACAGUCCGCGUUUACGCCAUGGUCGAAUGCUUCAAGCGAAACACUUUCUGUGCCGAUGAAGUUGAGCGUCAUGUGAGAGCUGAUGGACGACUGAGCAUCCAGAGCGUCAAGCUCUUCGGAGAUGGAGCCUUGGGAAGCUGGGGAUCGGCCAUGAUUGACCCCUACAGCGACCGACCAGACACCUCCGGGUCUCUCCUCGUCAACGCCACGGAACUCACGUAUCUGGCCACCGCGUGGUCCCGGCGAGGAUUCCAAGUCAACAUCCACGCCAUCGGCGACCUCGCAAAUCGCUACGCGGUCGACGCCAUGACCGUAGCACUCCGUCUGCUCUGCCCGGAUCUGACUCAGCCCCUUUCCCUCUGCCAGGCCAAGCACCGCUUCCGCAUCGAGCACUCGCAGAUCAUCCACCCUGCCGACCAAGACCGCAUCCAUGCCGUCGGCAUCAUCCCCUCCAUCCAGCCGACCCACGCGACGUCGGACAUGGCCUACGCGGAGCUGCGGCUCGGCCACGAGCGCACCGCGGCAGAGGCAUACCGCAUGCGCUCCCUGCUUGACCUCAACCCCGUCCUGGGCAGCGACUUCCCCGUCGAGCCGGCGGACCCGUUCCAAGGGCUCUACGCCGCGAUCACCCGCAAGAGCCCGCAUACCGGCCAAGCCCCCGAGGGGUUCCCGGAUGGGUGGUAUGCCGAGGAGACGCUGGACCUGGACCAGGCCGUGCGCGGGUUCACGCUGGGCCCGGCGUACGGCGGGUUCAUGGAGGGCAGGGCUGGCGUCAUCCGGCCUGGCGCGUUUGCGGACUGGGUCGUGAUCGAUCGCCCCCUGGAGGCCAUCGAGAGCGUGGAAGAGCUGCGGGCGUUCAAGGUGCGGGAGACGUGGGUCGGUGGGAAGAGGGUGUUCAAGAGGGAGUUGAGAGUCGCGCCGUGAACAUCAAAGCGCCAGGGGGGUGGUUGCUUGUGUGUUAGUGCGUUCGGUGUGUGUGUAUUACUUGGUGACUCACAGAAUUUCCCGAGACUUGAGCGUUUCAGGAGUUGGGAUGCCUAGAACUGUUGAUAGAAGUACAUGUGGCGGGGUCUCGUGCGUUAGAGCAGUCAAGUAGAAAGCCGACAAGCGGUAUAGAGAUCAGAUAGACAAGACAAGAAGACGACAUAUGGACGCAUCGAACCUCAUCGUUCUCUGUAUUUCACUCAUCAUCACAUCGUGGGUAGGUUUACUGGAGUUGUUUCCCACGCACAAGAUGCAGGAUAAUGUGAUGAUCGACCACGCACAAGC